AUAACAUGAACCUGGAAAUAUACGAUUAGGUGUGAGUUAGUUAAUUUUUAAACGAUAUGAUAUGCAGACAACACAUCUGGCAUAACACAAGUAAUUGACAAUUAAAUUAAAAAGACAAACUUCUUGUCAAACAUAUCUCAUCCUAAGCUAACGGGUUAGGUAAUGGAGUGUAACAGCAUGGAGGUUUUUGUUUCCCAAAAACUAGGGCUGCAACUCGGGCGUGUUGAGUGUGUUAGAUAGUCAACUCAGGUCUAACCAAAAGUACAAAAACUCCAACUUUAACCCGAGCUACUCAACUCGAGUAUUGUCCGCUUGGAUUCAGGUUGGACUUGGGGCUGAAUUCGAGUUGAGAUGUUGAAAAGCCAAUUGAUUUUGAUUCAAUAAAUCUAUAAGAAUAAUUCAUCAAUAAGCUCAAAGAACACCCAUCUAAAAAAUGAACAACCUCAAAGCUAGAAGCUACUGGUAGUAGUUGGAGCCAAGAGAAUGGGAGUCGUUGGAGCCAAAAGAAGAGAUGAGAUCCAGGCAUCCAGCAUUUUGGAGAUCCAGCCGAUGUCUAGGCGAGAACCAGGUGAUGUCCUCUGAUCUUUUCAAAGACGAUGAUUUGUGGUCGACUUCUCCAGAUUUGUGGUUGACUUCUCCAGAGCUGGCGUGGACUGGUGGAGAGGAGAUGAAGAAGGAGAUAACAGGUGAAGGAGAAGGGAAGAAGAUGGAGAGACUGUGAAGAAGAAGAAUGAGAGACCAAGAAGAGAAGGAAGAGAGACGGUGGGAGCAGUAUUAUUAGAACCGGACCAAACUGGCCGAUCGAGCCGACUGAACUGGGAUCUAAAAUGAUCCGGUUCUUUAGUUAAACUGCCUAAGCAAUCGAAUCGAUGCAAAACCAGAAAAUUGGCUAAUUUUUUCCAAGAUAGAUGAAUUGAAGAUUCCUAAAACCGGCUGGUUCAAAACAAUACCAGUCCAUUUGUCUUCGUCUUCGUCUUCUUUGGCUGGUUCAAAAAUAUUUUAGCUCUUUCAUUUUCGUUUUCUUCAUCUCUAAUGUUUCCAGAUCUAACUCGAACAAUGGCCACACAACAGAUCUAGAACUCCUUCUCAGCCAUUGAUCUCCCCCUAAGCUUUGUUAGCAUUUUUCUCCUCUUUCACUCUCUCUCU